AUGCUGAGAGCCAUGGCCAUCACGACAUUUCUGGGGUUUCUUGUCCUGCCAGUCACCGCGAACCUGCGGGGUGCAGACAGGGCGCCGGACUACACACAGUGUGGGGUGCUGGGACAAUCCCACCACACAGCCACACAGCGGAUCGUUCACGGUCACGAUGCAGGGCAAUGUGUCUGGAGAUGGCAAGUGAGUUUGAGUUCGGCCACCGACGGGCAGUUCUGUGGAGGCACGCUGAUUGGCCGCGAGUGGGUGUUGACUGCAGCGCAUUGCAUCUCCAAGGUUCGCAGCGGCUGUGAAGUCCGGAGUCUGCGCAUCGGCGCAGGCACCUGGAAACGUCGUGAAAAUGUGGAUCAGAGUGACACCUCUGUGGUGAGGCGAGUCACCAAGGUCUACAUGCAUCCCUUGUACCAGGACAAUGUGGCGCAUGACUACGACUUUGCCCUGUUGCAACUGGACAAAGCAGUUCCCAUCAACCGGUGCAUCGGUGUGGCGUGCCUGCCGCAUUCUCAGGACCGCAGCGGCACCAACUGCAGCAUCACCGGCUGGGGAACCUUGGUGUCUUCGGGUCCAACACCUGAACUGCUGCAAGAGGCUUCAGUGACACUGCUGACCAACCAGAUGUGUGAGGUGAACUACACAGCGAGCAAAAAUACCAUCACUGGCAGCAUGCUCUGUGCCUCCGGCAGGUCGAAUACUGGGAUCACAGAUACAUGUCAAGGAGAUAGUGGAGGCCCAUUAGUUUGCAAAGAGACAGUUGAAACCUCCGAUGGUACGAUGGCGAGCGACCGCUACGUGCUGAGGGGUGUGACGUCCUGGGGUCAGGGCUGUGCUUACGAAGGCUAUCCAGGUGUCUAUGGGCGAGUGCAAAGUGUCCUCAGUUGGAUUGAAGAUACCAUCGAGAACAAGGUGAAGAAGGUCUAUGCUGCUGAUACCAAGGAGGAUUUCUCCAGUCUGGAUUUCGAGGGCAAGAUGUGGAAGGUGGUGAGUGGUGAAUGCACCAUCGAUGCCUCCGAUUGUUUGCUGAGCCCCGGCUUUCCGGAAGCCUAUGGCGAUUCGCAGCAGUGCAAGGUGGCUGUGAAUCCUCAGGGGGCCAUGCCCUUGGAGGUGAUGAAUUUCACCACUGAGUUGGGCUUUGAUAAGCUCUACGUGGAUUGCAAGUCCUAUUCGGGCGGUACGGGCCCCAAUGGCGUGAUCCCCAGCUCUUCCUUGUUUUGGACCUCGGAUGCCUCCGUUACAGAGUCAGGCUGGAGGAUUUGUCCGGAGGCCGUUGGACUUUUGCCAUGA